AUGUACUCAAAUUGGGUUAAUAGCACUUCAAACAGUGAAUAUACAAACAAUAUUCUUCUCAAAAAUAUCGGCUGGAUAAUGUAUAAAAUGGAUACUAGACCAGAUAACUUUAGUGUGAUAGAAGAUGCACUUGAUAUCAUGCUUAGGUAUAUUGAAAUAUUAGCUAAUACUGCAAGUCAGUACAGUCAAGUAGCAGGGAGGACUGAAACAAAUAUAGUAGAUAUACAGAAGGCACUUGAACAUUUUGAUUGGAAACGCUAUGAUGCGAUAUUUAACAAAGAUGUUAACGAUAUUAAGAAAGUAGGUGAAUUUCCCGGAAAAUUCCCUCCAUAUAUCAAGUCUCUCCAUCCUACUUUACAAAGUGAUACUGAGCCAGCUUGGGAAUCUGUGAUAAACAAUAAGAAUGAAACUGAAUCACAAUCUAACCAUCUUAUUGAUAUAGAAUUAUAUGAGUUUACAGAUUCUAUACCUAAACAUAUACCUAGUUUUUUACCAAUAUAUCCACCAAAAUUAACUUAUAGCUCAAAUAGUACAAAUAGUCAUUGUUAA